AUGGCCAAUGUGAUCACCAAUUCAGCGAACAGGCCUCAAAUGACGCCACUUCACAGACGAACAUGUGCAGCUCGUGUCCCCAUCAUCAUUACGGAUGGUGAAGCCAAACAGCGAGACCGGCAGACUGAAAACAGCGAGAGGGCACGAGACGAGGUGCUGAGACAGGGCAUCAAAGUGCGGGAUUUCCAGGUCGAGGCGGAUGCGAGGAGGUAUGAGAGAAGCUAUGCCAGUUAUCGCGGCGCUCGAGGUGUGUCGGAACCAGGUUGUGAGCAAGAGUAG